AUGCACACUGUUGUGUCUCUUCUCAGCUUGGCUGCCGUCAGCUACGCAUUAGAAAAGAGAGCCUCGGCAUCGGCUUACAGCUCUAACUCCGCUGGAAACUACAAACUUUCCUCAAUCACCGCGCCGGUCCAAGGUGCAGGUGAUCCAGGCUCAACCUCGACAUGGCAGCUAACUGUCGACGACACGAGCUCUGGUCACAAGCAAACCAUCGUGGGCUUUGGUGGAGCUGUGACUGACGCGACUGUCACGUCCUUCAACACCCUGUCCAGCUCAGACCUCCAGGACCUUCUCGAUACCCUCAUGACAGACUCAGGUGCCAAUUUUGCUUUGAUGAGGCACACUAUCGGCGCUUCUGAUCUCUCCGGAGACCCAGCCUACACCUAUGACGACAACGGUGGCUCUGCGGACACAUCGCUCUCGGGAUUCAGCCUCGGAGAUCGUGGAACAGCUAUGGCCAAUAUGCUGGCCUCUAUGAAAUCCAUCCAGUCAGCUUUGACCAUCUUUGGAUCUCCCUGGAGCGCUCCUGGGUGGAUGAAGAUGAACGGUGUCAUCGAUGGGUCCACAACGGACAACAAUUUGAACGAUGGAUAUUUGAAUGGGGGAACCGCGAACUCCGGGUAUGCUAGUCAAUUUGCCGACUACUUUGUCAAGUAUAUCCAGGCAUACAAGGAUCUCGAUGUGUCUAUCGACGCCAUCACCAUCCAGAAUGAGCCUUUGAACAGCCAGUCCGGAUAUCCUACGAUGUAUGUCUACGCAGAGGAGUCCGCUGAGCUGAUCCAAAACUACGUCGGCCCUGCUCUUGCUGACGCUGGCCUGGACACGGCUGUCUGGGCCUACGAUCACAACACCGAUGUCCCCAGUUACCCUCAGACCGUCAUUGACGGUGCCAGCAAGUACGUUGAUUCGGUCGCCUGGCACUGUUAUGCUACCGAUGUAGACUGGACAGUUCUCACCACAUUCCACGAGAGCAAUCCAGACGUGAAGCAAUACAUGACCGAAUGCUGGACCCCAUCCACCGGAUCCUGGAACCAGGCCGCCGACUUCACGAUGGGCCCCCUUCAAAACUGGGCUUCUGGCGUGACAGCAUGGACGCUCGGCACCAAUUCCGACGAUGGCCCACAUCUGUCCAGCGGCGGGUGUGCCACUUGCACUGGUCUGGUCACUGUCAAUGAUGAUGGAAGCUAUACAUUUGAGACAGCAUACUACAUGAUCGCUCAAUUCAGCAAAUUCAUUCCUACCGGCGCUAUCAUCCUGAAUGGAACGGGAAGCUACACUUACUCAACUGGAGGGGGUGUGCAGUCUGUGGCCUCGUUGAACCCUGAUGGAACGCGCUCUGUUGUUAUUGAGAAUACUUUUGAUAACGACGUUUAUGUGACUCUCAGUACCGAGAGCGGCGAGGAGUGGUCGGGUGAUAUUCCCAGUGAGUCUGUCACCACUUGGGUGCUUCCGGCUUCAUCUUAG